AUUCGCAAACUUGUGAACUAUCCAGCAAUAUGAAGUAUACCCUAGUAGUACUCGCCCUCCUUGCACCUCUGACUGCAGCAGCUAGUCUAGGUGAACAGAAACCGGAGGCCAAUGCCUUCGUCAAAUCCUUGAGAGAACUGCAUCGAGGUCCACCAGUUGAACCAAUGAAGACCAGGGCCAAGGUGGAGGAGCGCUGGAUCACCCAGAAACUAGACAACUUCGAUGAUAGCAACAACGCCACCUGGCAGGAUCGAAUCUAUAUCAACAACAAGUACUUUGUGGAUGGCUCUCCCAUCUUCAUCUACUUGGGAGGCGAGUGGGCUAUCGAUCCCAGUGGGAUUACCUCUGGACUCUGGAAGGACAUUGCUAAGCAGCACAAUGGCUCCCUCCUCUACACUGAACAUCGCUUCUUUGGCGAGAGUAUCCCUAUAACUCCUCUGUCCACUGAGAACCUGGCUAAGUACCAGAGCGUGAAGCAGGCCCUGGCUGAUGUGAUUAACGUGAUUGCCACGCUGAAGCAGGAAGACAAGUACAAGAACUCCAAGGUUGUGGUCUCUGGUUGCUCCUACUCGGCCACCAUGGCCACUUGGAUCAGGAAGCUAUAUCCCGAAAUCAUCAGGGGCAGCUGGGCCUCAUCUGCUCCGAUCCUGGCUAAGGUGAACUUCAAGGACUACAUGAAGGUGGUCGGCGAGUCGUACGCUACCCUUGGAGGACAAUAUUGCUAUGAUCUGAUCGAUAACGCCACCUCUUACUAUGAGAAUCUUUUCGAGAUUGGCAACGGCACUCAGGCUGCGAAGGAAUUGAACCUGUGCUCCAACUUUAAUGUAAACAGCGAUCAGGACCGUUGGCAGAUCUUCAGCACUAUAGCGAACAUUUUUGCUGGCAUUGCUCAGUACCAAAAACCGGAGAAAUAUGAUAUUCCCACCUAUUGCUCGAUUCUGCGAGAGUUCAGUGAUGACGAUUCUGUUGCUUUGUCCAAGUUCAUUAAUUGGAAAAUCAAUGAGCAUUCAGGAGCUUGCCUUAGCACGACCUUCAAGGGAGCUGUUGGCUACUACGAAUGGUCUAAGGAUAACUACCAAGAUAGUGACUUGCCCUGGAUUUUCCAGACCUGCAGCGAGUUUGGAUGGUUCCAGUCUUCCGGCAGCAGUAGCCAACCCUUUGGAUCUACUUUUCCAGCCACUCUCUAUGAGGACACCUGUGAGGGCGUCUUUGGAUCGAAGUACGACUCGGAUGGCAUCCACGCCAAUGUCCGCGCAACCAACAAUGACUUCGGUGGCCUGAACGUUAACGCCACCAAUAUCUACUUUGUGCAGGGAGCUCUUGACGGUUGGAGCAAGGUGGGUGCUGGAGUUGCCCAGGGAGCCACCAUUAUUCCCUACGCCUCCCAUUGCCCCGAUACUGGAUCGAUCAGUGCCAGCGAUAGUGCCGAACUGGUGGCCUCCAAGAAUAAGUUGAUCAAGCUCGUGGGUCAAUGGCUGGAGGACUAAUAUCUCGAACGAUGAUUUUAAUUAGUUUAGAAGACUUUAUCAGUUUUUUGUUUUGUUUUAAAUCUAUAAUUAUUUAACCACCAGUGAUUGGAGCUAAUAAACCGAAUAUUAAACAUA